AUGGAAAACGAACAAACUAAAAACGUUAUUCGAGUGGGAUCGAGAAAAAGUCAGCUUGCACUCAUUCAGACAAAUCAUGUUAUUGACUGCUUGAAAAAAGUGCAUCCAGAUAAAGAAUUUAAAUUAGUAUCUAUGACAACUUUGGGUGACCGUGUACUAGAUGUUUCACUGCCUAAAAUUGGAGAGAAGUCACUAUUCACUAAGGACUUGGAAGAUGCACUAAAUAAUAACACAGUUGAUUUUGUUGUACACUCAUUAAAAGACCUUCCAACUUCUUUGCCAGAUGGACUGGCGAUUGGUGCUGUCUUUGAAAGAGAGGACCCGAGGGAUGCAUUAGUUCUCCGAGAUGAUAUCAAGAAAACAUGUCUAGAAGAGUUACCUGAGGGUUCUGUUAUUGGUACGUCAUCACUGCGUCGAACAGCUCAAUUACGCGGUAGCUUCCCAAAGCUAAACGUGAUAGAUGUAAGGGGGAAUCUCAAUACGCGAUUAAAGAAACUGGACGAUCCCACUACGGAAUACAGUGCAUUGUUGCUUGCAAGCGCUGGGCUGCAUAGGAUGGGCUGGGCCCAUAGGAUAACGAAGUUACUGCCAUGCUCAGAUAUGAUGUACGCGGUCGGUCAGGGCGCAUUAGCAAUUGAAUGUAGAUCGGACAAUGAAGAAAUAUUGGAAAUGUUGGCACCCUUCAAUCACCCAGAGACCUACUGCAGAAUCUUAGCCGAGAGAAGUUUCUUGAAGACAUUAGGUGGUGGUUGCAGUGCUCCCGUGGGGGUGUCAACCAAAUUGAAGAAGACAGAUACGAAAUUCUGUCUUAGCAUAACAGGCGGAGUAUGGAGUCUAGAUGGUAAUACAAAGAUUAUUCACAGCCUAGAACAAACGUUUGAGCAGAUAAAAACUACUCCAAAACAUAAAUUAAGUCCCACCGAAGAUGGAUCUUCGAAGAAAAUUAAAGUCGGCGAUACAACAGACCAGAAGUGUAAUCCUUUGGCAACAUUGGAUGAUACUGUAAAAAAUGGGGAAGCUAAUUGUGAAGAAUUGAGGAGUACUGAGGAAGUGAAGGGGUGUAGAAAGAUCUAUUGCGGAUUAACUGAAAACUUUAACAUUCCGACGGACGUCAUUGAAAAAUGCGAUGAAAUUGGCCGCGAUCUAGCCAAUUCUCUUAUCGAAAAGGGUGCUCUCGACGUUAUGAAAGUGACCCAAGAUUUGAUCCGGUCUUCUGUGGUCAAGUCAUGA